GUCUUAUUCCAGACAAUUUUACUUUUUUAUAUAGAAAUACAAAGUCUUGUUGGAAUCCUAAUGAAUAAAUGGAAAUUUUACCAUGGAAUUUUCAUAAUUCUAGUUGUUGGUAUUGGUGAAUGAGGUAGAAAUUAAAUUAUUUCUACCUCAUUGGUAUUGGUAUCAGGAAUUCAAUUUUUCUUAAUGCGACGCAAUGGAGGAGGAAUACUGACUCGUAUUGGAAAGGAGAAUUCAAUGUACUUGGAAACAGCGGAAACUUCGAUGGACUAAUGUAAUGGCAAUUAAUGUUCUUUGCCAGUCAAUCUCAUUUAGAGAAAGACAAAAAAACAUCUGUGAGAAGUUUGAAGGACAUUAAAUAAGUCAGCCCUGUGAAAAGUUUCAAGCACAUUAAAUGCAUCAACCCUGUGAACAGUGAAAUAACUGAUUGGACAGUAACAUGUAAGUGUACAAGAUAAACAGGACGCAUCUAUUUCUAACUUUGUGUCUAUAAUUUAGAAUAAUGACACGUGAUAGUUGAAAAACGUGGAUACAUCAUAUUGAAUCAGAUUUUUUUGCUUCAGUGUGGGACCUAAACAAAUGGCAGACGAAACUGAAGAAGUCGAUAUCGUGACGGUCGCAGAUAACGCUGUUAAGAAUGAAAGUCUCCCGACAAAUGACGAAAAGUCGUCUGAAAUUGAAGAUGAGGACGAAAAUAUUGAUGUAAUUGGUGGCAUCCCAUUGAAUGGUGAGGAGAGAAUAGAAGACAGCAGGGAACCAAAAUACUCUAUAAUCAAUGCUGCAACAUCAAGUGAGGAAAUGCCACGAAGUCCACAACCUGGCCCAAGUGGCAUUAGGAAUACAGUGGAAGAUGAUACUGAUGAAGAUUCUGAUGAUUCAGUGAAGAUUAUUGAAGUUCCAAAGAAAUCUGUCCCGUUGAUAUUGAUUUCUGAUUCUAGCAGCGGCAGUGAAAUUGACGUUAUUACAACUGUACCAAAGAAACAACAAAGAAAUAAAAAGAAUCCCUUUAAAAGUAUCAAAGAAAAACUCGAGGAACAGAAGAGUAAGCUGUUUCCAGUGGAUACCAAAUCAGAAAAGGACAGGGAUAAAUCACCAAACAAGCAUGACUUAACAUGUGCAAUCUGCCUUGGCACAUAUAAAGACAGGGCAUUUCUUGAAAAAUGCUUCCAUUCGUUUUGUUUUACCUGCAUUCUGCAGUGGUCAAAAGUUGUUCACACCUGUCCAUUAUGCAAAACCCCUUUUCAAUCACUCAUACAUAACAUCACACCUGAUUUACAAUACCACCAGUAUUUUGUUGGAGAUGCAGAAAAACGAACACUUUCUCAAAGUCUGCCAACUUUUGUCACAGAAGACCUGUUUGAGGUAGGCCCAAGGUUUCGAUAUCAUUCUACCCAAAUGUCGCAUGGAAACCGUGCUAAUGUCUGGUACAGACAAAACAGACAGGAUAUUUUGAGGAAUCACCAGCCAAGGCGAAGAUCAAGAAAUCAUUGGGGUCAACAAUCAUCAACAUGGAGUCACAUUGCUGCAAGUGAACAACGUCGAUGGGCAAUAUACCAAAACGGAAUGGUCAUUGAGGAAGUCAAGCACCCCCCUGGUCGUGUGAGAUACAGAGAUACUAGUGUCGAGUUUUUUCAAAACAACCCAGCAAUAGCCCACAGGCUUGUUCCGUGGAUUUUGCGUGAUUUGAAGGUCAUUUUGCAAAGAGAAAGCGAUUCCAGCCUGGUUCUUCAUCUGAUUUUGUCAUUACUUCAAAGAUAUCCAAUGGAAUCAGACGAGUUUUACAACCAACUUCUUCCUUAUCUUCAUAACAACACAAGGCAGUUUAUCCGAGAGCUGAUAAGUUUUGCCAGUUCACCCUAUGACAUGCGCACUUACGACUCGAGGGUCGUGCAUGUCUCCUCCACAGCACAGCCCGCGCCUACACCAACCACAGCCCUUGAAGAGCGCGUGGGAGAAAGUCAGUCCUCAAACAUUGAAACAUCACGGAGAGAAAAUUCAAAUUCCAUCUGUCGUCCUACAAGCCAAGAAGAGCUUGCACAUAUGCCAAAUAAUUUUGUUUCGAAUGCUACGUGUAGUGCAGAUCAGAAUGCUGUCGAUAGAACUAUUAAAACAAGUAAAAGAAAGGAGUAUAAAGAAAAGCGAUCAGCUACCCUGCAUCACUCGAUUUCAGAUUCUUGGUCUUCGGGUGACGAAAUCUCGCCAAGAUUUGCAAGCAAACGUUACUGGAGGCACAGAUCUCGAGAGAACAUAUCUCGCUCACGGUCUCGGUCAAGGCAUAGGGACGAUGAACGCAUUUCAUUGCAAAAAUCGAAGGAUAGAGAUGGAAAAUAUCAUAGAAAACAUUCAAGAUCUAGCUCAAAAACAGAUGGAGAAUAUACAAAAAGGAGCUCUAGAUCUUCUCGUUCCCGGUCAAAGGAGCGCAACAGAUCUGCACGACCGUUGCGAUCUGAGAGAGAGUAUGUUGAAAGAAGAGACGACAGGCUCCGCAACCGCUCAAGGUCAAGGAUCAUCUGCUUUCGGUCAAAGGAGCGCAACAGAUCUGCACGACCGUUGCGAUCUGAGAGAGAGUAUGUUGAAAGAAGAGACGACAGGCUCCGCAACCGCUCAAGGUCAAGGAAUUCAUCUGCUUUCGUCAAAAUAAGAUCUGAUCGGGUUCCAAGAACAGUAGGGAAAAGCGAACGUCGCGAUCAAGAUCUAGAGAACGAGGACGAAAACGUGGUAAUAAAGAUCAGCAGAAAGAUUCUCGUAGGCAAUCAAGAUCUAGGAAAUCUCGAUCUGGGUCACGGGUACCUGAGAAUUCUAAUGCAUCAUUUUCAGAUGUCAGUGAUUUUCAUGAUAAAAAUAUAA